CGUAACUAAAUUUUCCAAAGAUUUUGCUGUGGUUACUCGGAUUAAAUCAGCUUUAUUUCAUUCGCGUUAUGAUUUGUGUGUUUCCUUAGAUGAUAAUUGUGUGAUGCCUGACACACAGAAGGCGGCUGUUGUAGAAGAAGCUCAGAAGAAAACGAAAGCUGAAAAGCUAAGGAAUGAGAGCCGUCAGUCAAGCAGAGAGGGUAGUCCUGUCAAAUACCAUCCACUUAAGUUUGGAGAACUAGUGGUGUUAGGAUACAAUGGCUCCUUGCCCGAGGGUGACAAGGGAAGGCGGAGGAGUAAAUUCACGCUCCACAAACGGGUGAAGGCCAACGGUGUCAAACCGUUAAAGAAGCACAUCGUCAAGAACCCUCAAGCAUCACAAGCUGUCCAAGAUAGUGUGUGUCACACUGUCUCUUAUACCUUGUCCAGGAACCAAGCGGUGGUGGUGGAAUAUGAACAUGACGAUGACACAGAUAUGUUCCAAAUUGGACGAUCCUCAGAGUCGCCCAUCGACUUUGUCGUUCUCGACACCGUGCCUGGCGCCCAGAAGGCCGAGGACUGUGCCGUCACGCAAAGCACGAUAUCACGCUUCGCCUGCCGAAUAUUAGUGGACAGGAAUCCGCCCUAUACAGCUAGGAUUUAUGCUGCUGGGUUUGAUUCUGCUAGGAAUAUAUUUUUAGGGGAAAAAGCUACUAAGUGGUAUAAUAAAGACAAUGAGAUUGAUGGCCUAACUACCAAUGGAAUUUUAGUUGUUCGGCCAGUGGGCGGCUUCACGGAGCAAUCCAAACCUGGACUAUGGAGAGAAGUGUCGGUCGGAGGUGGUAUUUAUACACUCAGGGAAUCACGAUCUGCGCCUAAAAAGAGCAAUUUAAUUGGCGAAGAGGAUAACAUCCUGUACGAUGGCACGCUCAUUGAUCUCUGUGGUGCGACUCUCCUGUGGCGAUCUGCAUUGGGACUACUUUCCUCACCUAGUCGUCGUGAACUAGAACACAAUAUCGAGGAACUUAACGCGGGACGACCGCAGUGUCCUGUUGGUUUGAACACGUUAGUGAUACCAAGCAAAAAUACAAUGACUGUGUCUGAAAAGCAACCAUUUGUGUAUUUAAAUUGUGGCCACGUGCACGGCCAGCACGACUGGGGACAAGAUACUGAUUCUAAUGAGAGAAUGUGUCCGAUGUGUCGAACGAGUGGUCCGUUUGUAAAACUUCAAAUGGGAAGUGAACCAAGUUUAUACAUAGACAAUGAUCCUCCUACGCACUGCUUCUGUCCCUGUGGUCACAUGGCCUCGGAGAAAUCUGUCAAAUAUUGGUCAUCAGUUCCUAUACCACAUGGGUGUCAUGGCUUCAUUGCAAUAUGUCCAUUCUGCGCCACACCACUGUCAGACCAUCCAGGGUACAUCAAGCUCAUAUUCCAAGACCACGUCGACGAUUGACUAUAGCUGGAAUUUCCAAACGACCGCUUUGAUUCUAUUCAUCUUGGAAGACUUCAUCACGAGCUGAUGUGGCCAUUUUUAGCGGGACCUUCAGGAAAUGGACCUUAGCCUUGUGGGCAGAUGGGGCACCUGCUAAAAUGUCUGCAAAUGCCAACAUUUGCCAAAACAUGCUUUUGGUAGUGUGAAAAAUAUGCCAGAACUUUUGGAAAUCAACAAUUACAAGUAACUUGCGUCAAGUUUCAAACUAUUCUUCAGGUUUCUCCUUGGCAUUGACUUCCACUGCUUCUUAUUUAUUGAAACCUAAUGGUUUUUAUUGUAAAACCGAAUCGCUUUUACGGUGAACCUUAUGGUUUUUACUGGUAAACCCAAUUGAUUUUCACUCUGAAACCUAAUGGUUUGGCGGGGGGGGGGGCAAAAAGGUCAGUAGACCUUAGCAGCCCUUUGGAUCUGCUACCCUGUUAGUGUCGAUUUUCUUCUGGCUAAUUUAAAUGGAAUAUACACUGUUAAACGGAAAGGAAAAUGAUGCCAUUUUACUGCACUUUGUGGAUUCCUAUUUGAUUGGUCAAAGAUAACUUGGGCUACACAGUUAUACUUCUGCAUUUCUAUUUAUGAUUUUCAUGUGCCUUUCAUUUCAUGUAUUUAUCAUGUAGCAUUUCAUCAUUUGCUUGUACAUAGUAUCAUCUAGUCAGUUGACUUAGUUACUUGUUGUUUGUGUAAAUAAAGAAUGUGCAUGCGUAUUACUGUGUUUGUGUAUUAUUGUAAAUCAUGUAGAUUGUCCUAAAAAUAGAUAUAGAACGUCUCGGCCAGUAAUCUUUUCAGAGUAUUGAUAACUGGUACUUUUGGCACUAGUAAAAUUCUGUAAUAUGAAUGAAGGGCCGACUGAGCGCAAAAAUCAGUUAUCAGAAGAUAUGAAAUGACUCUGUAUUUUUUUGUACUUUUUGUGUUCAUCAAAAACUUAAGCGGAAUUUGUCUUGAUAAGUGACUCAGAAGAGCCUUUUCCAAAAGCUGCGUGAUCUAAAACAAAAAAGAAAAACUGUCAAAGGCACACAAAAUGGGUUAAUACAUUUAUUGGCAAUUCCGGUGGUACGUUCAAAUGGUUUUCCAUAGUAAAAGUCACAGUGGGGCCCCAUUUAUGAAUCUGGUUAUUGUAUGGCAUAUGCAAUUAAUUUUGAGGCAGUGUUUAUCAUUGAUGAGGCAUUCUGUUUAUUCAAUCACAUAAUUGUAAACUGCUGCUGAGAUUAAGUCAUACGUUACAGCAAGAGCAGAUUAGGAUUAUCAGCCUAAUCUCUUGUUGAGUUGAGUCUUCCCAAGUGUUGUGACGCUGACGCGUUACUGUUAUCGUCUCAGCUUUUGGCAUGUACAGGGUGUGAAAAAAUAUUCUUGCUAGUUUUAAAAAUGAGUUACUUUUUCAAAAAGCAAAUUUUUUUUAGAUGCAGUUGCUUGCAAUAAGAACUAUUAGCGAUAGGAAUAUGUGUGGGGAAAACUUCUCAUUUUUGGUUACUAUCCACAAUGAGCCAUUCAAAAAGUCAUUCCGCUUUAAAACUAGCAUGAGUAUUUGUUACACCCUGUAGGAAGAAAUCAAUAAAUUUGUGGACUUCUUGUUCUUGUACAUGGUACAAAAUAUAUCAAAGCUUUGUUGUUGAAAUAGCAUCUGUAUAAAAAGGGUCGAGACUUAAAAAAUGCUGUGCAAGAAAUGUACAGCAUUUGUGCACUGUAAUUGAUUAAUUUCAGGGAUUUAGUUGACACUACACAAAAGGUACUUGUUGAUAUUGUAUGCCUUAAUAAUUUGUUUGUGUGCUUGGGUCCUGCUAAUUACAUCUAGUGUAUGACAGGCAAUCAAAGUAGUACUUAAGGUAGUUUAAGGAUGAUGGGGGGAAGACAGGCCCUGCCAUAGUUCUGUGUACCCACAAAAGGGAAUUGUGAAUUGAAAAAUGUAGGAGGGCUAGCUUUCCCCCUCUUCUUCAAAUGGCAUCUUUGGAGUGAUUGUCAAUAUUGACCAAUAGUUUUUAUGGUUAUCAGAACUAUCACUCACUAUAAGCUUUGCCCAUUCGACCUUAAUUGCUGUUAUUUGGGUGAGGGCUAAUUGUCAAUUAGUUACUCUAGAAACAAUAACUGUCAAUCUGGUUAUCUGGUGAUCUGCUGUAGAAAUAUAUACACCAGUGAAAUUGAACCAUACAUGUAUUUGGAGGUGAGAGCUAUUUGUCAAUUAGGACAUUGGUUACUCGAUAAACAAAAUUGACUUACUAGGUUUUUCCAGGAACUAUUACUCCGACCUUUUGGAUAUAAUGUUCUUCAUGUCAACCUUUAAGGAAGAAUUGUCGCUACAAACUUGCAUACAUUGUGUAUAUACCUAUUUGAUGUCUUCGUGCAAGCUGAAUUAACUAAAAUGUGUACAAAUUCCUUAUUGGCCAUUUGUUUUCAUAGUUACCUUCUCACAACUCAGUGUCAUUGACAUAGUCCUUUGGCCAUUAAAUUAUUAAGAGAAUAUUAUGUGAACACAUCAUGAAUUGUCUUUGUUAAGAAUAGAGGACUAUUUUUGUACCGCCAUUUUCGGCUGUCGCACUGUUCGUUGUAGCGAUUUGUAUUGAGAUGUUACGGUGUAUUUGAUCAUACUGUGUACAGUGGCGACUGGUCUAAGUAAGUACAUGUUCAUCAUUAAUAGUAUGUAUGUAAAUGAGGGAUUUUAAUCAAUAAAACUAGA